AUGAAGUUAGUUCAAUUAAAAAUUGAAAUGUGGCGCCUUCCUAAUGGAUCAUUUUAAAAAGGAAUUAAAAUCAGAAGCGCUGGAUUACAACCCGAAACACGUGUUGUGUCUUUCUUCUUCUUCUUCGGAGAGCUCUGCAACUUCAAUUUUAAAAGUUCUUAAAAACUUCUGAACUUCAUAACUUUGGUUGUGAGGCUCCGAUUGACGAACCGUUUUCUCCUACAUGAUCGUGAGAUCGAGCCUAACAAUCUAAGGUAAUAUUCAGGGUCUCACACAACAGCAAACAAAACAACCUCUGUGGCCUUUCGUCGAGCACCUUGCGUGCAUCUCUUGGGGUCAUCGUUCUGCUCAGACCUUCACAGGCUAUCCAUAGCCAUUUUUCCGGCCAGUUCGUGGGUUCAAGCGACCCUUCUUGUCCCUUAAUCCGUCCGCCCCUGCCUCCCAGUCAAACCCACCAUCGCCUCCUCGUCUCUCUACCACCAUCUCUUGCGGCUACUGCGAUUUCAAGUCAUCUGAUAUGGCUGCUCAAGGACACCAUGACUAUAUGGCUUCAGAUGCCAACCUUUCCGAAGCGCAAGGAGACAAUGUUUCAGUUUCAAGUAUAAAUCUCGAGAAGAUAUUUAGCAUGAAAGGAGGCAAAGGAGAGUUAAGCUAUGCUAAUAAUUCCCAAGCCCAGGCCAAACAUGCAAGUUCCAUGCUUCACCUGCUUAAAGAAACCCUAGACAGAAUGCAGCUGAGCUCUCCAGAAGUCCCCUUUGUGGUUGCGGACCUUGGAUGCUCAAGUGGAAGCAACAGCAUCAACACCGUAGAUGCGAUCAUCAAGCACAUGGCCAAGCGCUAUGAUGCCUUGGGAAAUGACUCACCUGAGUUCUCAGCCUUUUUCUCUGAUCUCCCUAGCACUGACUUCAACACCCUCUUCCAGCUCCUCCCUCCUCUGGGCAACCACGGCGGCAGCAUGGAGGAGGCCCUUGCCACCGACAGCCACCGCUCCUACUUCGCUGCGGGAGUCCCCGGCUCCUUCUACCGGAGGCUUUUCCCGUCGAGGUCCAUUGACCUUUUUCACUCGGCGUUUUCCUUGCAUUGGCUUUCACAGGUGCCAGAGAGUGUUGUAGACAAGAGAUCAGCAGCCUACAACAAAGGGAGGGUGUUCAUUCAUGGAGCAAAUGAGAGCACGGCCAAUGCAUACAAGAAGCAGUUCCAGACAGACUUGGCAAGCUUUCUCAGGUCAAGAGCCAAGGAGCUCAAGAAAGGGGGCUCCAUGUUUCUUGCCUGUUUGGGCAGGACCUCAGUGGACCCCACGGACCAAAGUGGCUUAGGCCUUCUCUUGGGGACCCACAUUCAGGGUGCUUGGGAUGAUCUUGUCCAAGAGGGUCUUAUCACUAGUGAGAAACGUGAUAGUUUCAACUAUCCUGUGUAUGCCUCAAGCUUACAAGACUUCAAGGAAGUAGUGGAAGCUGAUGGCUCAUUCACCAUAAACAAGCUUGAGAUUUUCAACGGAGGAAGCCCCAUUGUAGUGAACCAACCAGAUGAUGCGGCUAAAGUUGGUCGAACCCUUGCCAACAGUUAUAGGAGUGUGGGCGGAGUGCUCAUCGAUGCACACAUCGGUGAACACCUUGGCAAUGAGUUGUUUUCAAGAGUGGAACAAAGGGGCUCAAGAAAUGCGAAAGAAAUACUGGAGCAGAUACAAUUCUUUUACAUAGUGGCGUCACUUUCUCUUGCUUAAUUAGGGUGUUUCCUUUUCUUUUUUUUCUUCUCUAGGUGUGUUAUUUUCAUUGCAUAGAAGAUAAAUAAUCCAACAUACAAAAGACACUAGCUCCUCUUUUCUCCU